UGUUAUGUAAAUAUCAAACAUGUAUCAUAGAGUCAAUAGAUACAAAUUAAUGGCCGUAAGUAUACAACAAAUAUCAUUCAAUAAUAAUAUGUUAUUAUUUUAUAAAACUAAAGAUUUUACAUUGUUAGUGCCUGUAUAAAUUUUCUUAUAGAAUUUACAAAUUCUUUCCAAUUCAGAGUAAGAAAACUUUUCCAUUAGUACUAAAAAGCAUGUAUGUGUUAAAAGGAAUAUUGUUGAACACUUCUACGUGGUACAACCCAUUUUUACCUGUCGUGGUGAUUAAAUUUUUCUAUAUAUACUUGGAAAAUGUCUAUUCUCUAGACCUAUCCAAACAUGAAAACCUACUAUUUCAAAUGAAAACCUGAUUUCAAUGUGAAUUUAUUAUUUAGAAGUUCACUAGUAAAACUUCUUUCCAUUAUCUCAAUAUGGGAGACGGUGUAGUUCCUAACCCCAUUGAAAUCCCAACUACUAUUCUACGACCACACAAAAUAAAGCCUAUGAACAUUCCACCCAAUCACUCAUUCAAAAAAGUGAUGUUAUGGUAUCUGAAGAUGGUUACGGAGCUUCUGAAAAAAAGUAAUUAAAAAAAAGUGAUGUGUUCUACUAUGUUGAUAUGCAAAGUUCUGCUCAUUCAACCGGGAUGCUUACAAUGCGUUUCAUACCGUUCGCAGAAUUAUUUUAGUUCAUCCUUCGUCCAAAUGAAGUGUCGGAUGAAAAGAGGAACAUAGUAGUUCUCCGACGUGGAAGAUUCAAACCAGGGCAUCUGCCGGACUUAACCGACAUCAAUAGGUUACACUAUACUGAACAAGCAGCGUUACGAAAUAUCCUCUCUGAAGAAGCAACUAGAAAUGGCGGAAAAAGAAUUGGUAAACUCAUUAACUUGCUGCACAACGUCACAAAAUUAACUCUUAAUUCACUAAGUUUAGGGUGAAAAAGUAUCUCUCCAAAUGGAAUUAUUAGUCAAGAAUUCUUAUUAUUUACUUGGUGCCCUAGAUCAUCCCGACAUUCCGUUGUUAUUGAAAAAUACUCCUUGAUCACACUAAAUCUUACUAAGAAGUGAAUUUGUAACAACAAUCUAUAUUAUGUUGAAUGCUAAUUCGGAUACAACGUAGCAUGGUAAAAAUAUUUUCUAUUGGUUGAAUAGAGCCACAGCAGUAUAUAUUGUUAAUUAACAAGUACCUUCUAAAACUGUAUAAUUUGUUGUAAUACCAGGAAACAAAGUUUCCUAUAUAUAUCAUAUGAUUUUAUAGUUGUUUUUGAAAACAAAAGUUGAGAGUUUAUUUUCUAAUAGAAAACCAAACGUACAAUUAUCCAAUGUCCAUUAUAGAUGGAACUCGGGAGAAAGUUAAAUUUUUGGUAAAGGCUGGAGGGGUGGAUGAAGAAGGCAUUGAAGUGGAGGUGUACGCUGAUUCACCGUUCAGUGUUGUCUAUGAAAUAUAUGCAACGAAGUUAUCAGUCGACAUUGGAGAUAUUGGUCUGAUUUGUAGAAAGAAAUUGAUACCACCGGAUUCAACACCAGAGAAUAUCAAUCUUCGUACUGGUCAGAUAGUUUUGGCUUAUUUCAAGAUGGGGAACCAAAGUUUCAGAAAUAUCUCUCCAAGUACUAGGGAAUAUCGAAUGAUCACUGUCCAUAGCACACACUCCAUACCUUCAAUAGAUCGUUUCCGUGUCCGGGCAAAUGAUCUUUCAAUCACAAUUUAUAAUCUAUGGGCUGAGUCUCAAGUCUCAACACAUUCCAGUGAAUAGGGUGAUAAUAUAUCAUGAAGGUUUUGCACUAAAUGCAAGCAAAACCAUCGAAGCUGAGCGUGUCCUGGAUGGAGAAGUUCUAACUGCCGUUGUAUGUUGAGCUGUUAAUAAGUCUAUCUUACUGGCAUUGUAUGACGGAUUCAAGUUUAUUUUAAUCUAAGCUUGCACAUCUGUUUACUAAAAAAAAAUUAAAUAUCGUUUUUAUUUUAUGGUUA